AUGCCGGCCUCGCCUGCUACUCAUGAUCAGCUUCAGGACUUAAUGCCUUUCAGGUUUAAUGAGGCUCAGAAGGGGGAACUCACUAAAGCCGUCACUCCAGAGGAGAUUAAAACAACUUUGUUUGCAAUGCCUCUGAACAAGAGCCCGGGACCCGAUGGAUUCUCGGUGGAGUUUUUCAGAGCUUCUUGGGAUGUGGUGGGACCCGAUGUCAUUGCUGCAGUUCAAGAGUUUUUCAGGAAUGGGCGUCUUCUGAAAGAUCUCAACAACACUGCCGUAGCUCUUAUUCCUAAAGUCCCUGAAGCCUGCAGGCUGGGGGAUUACAGACCUAUAAGCUGUUGCAACUUGAUCUACAAACUCAUCUCUAAGAUCAUUGCAAACAGGAUGAAGCCGGUUCUAUUGAAGUACAUCCGUCCUAAUCAGGCAGCUUUUAUCAGAGGUAGAAGUCUUGGUGAGAAUGUGCUUCUCUCAACGGAACUGAUAAGAAACUAUGAGAAGUCUAGCUGUGCAAGAAGCUGUAUGCUUAAGGUUGAUAUUCGAAAGGCUUUUGACACGGUGUGUUGGGACUUUGUACUGAAGAUGUUGAAUGCGCAUGACUUUCCUCCGCUGUUCAUCUCGUGGAUAAGGCAGUGCAUCUCUACUCCGCGUUUUUCCAUCUCAGUUAAUGGAGAACUCGCUGGAUUCUUCCCAGGAAAGAAGGGUUUAAGGCAAUGUGACUCCAUCUCUCCCUAUCUGUUUAUAAUGGUGAUGGAAGCUCUCUCCGGUCUAUUGGAUGUAGCGGUUGAGCAAAGAAAAAUCAGACUACAUCCCCAAUGCCAUGAUCCAAAGAUCACUCAUCUUCUGUUCGCGGAUGAUCUUUUGAUCUUCAGUGACGGCUCAAGGCACUCUCUCACCGGGAUCAAAGAAGUUAUGGAAAGUUUCAGGGGGCUGUGUGGUCUCGAGAUGAACCCAGCGAAGUCGGAAAUUUUCUUUGGAGGAUAUUUUGAUAUCGAAGUGGCGGUUCUAAGUGGCUUAGUGGGGUUCAAAGUUGGUUCCUUUCCUACGAGGUACUUGGGUCUCCCUCUGAAUCCAAGGAGGAUCACGUUGGCUACUCUCCAGCCUUUUAUUGAGAAGGUCACAAGUAAGCUUCAAUCUUGGACUUCAAAAACCCUCUCCUUUGCUGGCAAAAUAAGAUUAGUCUCCUCAGGCAUCUAUGGAAUGGUGAACUUCUGGAGUUAUGUCUUUUCCUUACCAAAGAUGUUUUAUGCGAAAAUUGACUCGCUGUGUGCUGCUUUUCUAUGGAACAACAACACUAAUUCAGCUAGAGGAGCUAGAGUGGCUUGGAAGGAUAUUUGUCGGCCUAAGAUGGAAGGAGGAUUAGGGAUAAGACUUUUGGAGGAUUUUGAGAAAGUCUUUCGCCUGAAGCAAAUUUGGAACCUAUAUACUAAUGCGGGUUCCUUAUGGGUUGCUUGGGUGAAUAAAUACAUCUUUGGUAGAAAGGGAUUCUGGUUGACUGCGGAUUCGCCCUGUUUCUCGAGAGCUAUCCGUAGCAUGCUCCAAUUAAAGCCUAUCUUGCCUGAGUUCUUGCGCUGUGACUUGAGAAAUGGAGAGACAUCCUCGUUCUGGUAUGAUUCUUGGACUGACUUAGGGUCCUUGAUUGAUUACAUGGGAUCCAAUGGACCAAGGCAGUUGCGGAUUCCCAAAGGUGCCAAGGUUUCAAGAGCGGUUAAAGAUGGAUCAUGGUCCCUGCCUCAUACUAGAUCAGAGGAGGCUCAAAAUCUCCUAAUCCAGCUGACAACUUUAUCUCCUCCGAAGAAAGAAGAUGGUCCUGACUCUUUUCUUUGGGUUGACCCCUCUGGUCAGUUUGCAAAUGAUUUCUCAUCAAAAGCAACUUGGGAAAAGAUAAGAGAUAGUGCUCCGCUGGUCCCCUGGCAUGGCGUAAUCUGGUUUAAGCAGGAAAUUCCUCGCUGUUCCUUCAUCUCUUGGCUCGUGAUGAAGAAACGUCUCCCAACAAGAGAUAGAUUGAGGGCUUGGGGCCUUGGGAUUCCUCCUGAAUGUGUUCUCUGCUCCACCGGAAUAGAAUCUCAUGACCACUUAUUCUUUGAGUGUGACUUCUCCCUUACUUUAUGGAACUCCUUCACGGGACAAUUCCAGUUCUCUCAGCCUCUCACUAGUGAUUCGGUUGCAAUGUGUAUUGGAAAUGAUCCUGAUCUCUCUCGCUCAAGUAAGGGCGUGGUCAUUAGACUUCUCUUUCAGGUGGUGAUGUAUCUGGUUUGGAAGGAAAGAAACCAGCGUAUAUUUACUCCUACUUCCUCUUCGCCGACUGCAGUCUGCGCUCAAGUCGACCGCCUAAUUCGUGAUCGUCUCCUAUCCUUCCCAGCGACCGCUACGUCUUCUCCUUCCCUCUUGGAGGUGUACUUCUCAUUGCUGUAA